AUGUCUCGUUCCCAGCUGAUCCGAAGAUACCACGUCCUUCAAUUGUUCAAGGACUGUGGUGGCCCGGAUACCUUAAGACGGGAAAUAGCCGUGACCCCAUCCAGCCUGACACAACGGUCAGGCAAACGAGGAAACCCGCUCAAUAGGUCGGUCGCCGACUUGACCGCGAGGAUGAUGCAAGAAGCCUUUCCGGCUGUUGACCCUGGUACGAACGAGUACAAAACAAAGUACCGGUGGAUCUCAGACACGAGGAGGCUUGGACAGCGCUUGCAUAUGCUGGAGGCAAGAUUCGGCGAAGGCGUCCUAGGCCUCAUGUUGGAUCAGGGUGUCGCCGGUACAGAUAUCGGUAUCACUGAUAAGAUGAUCAUGACUUUAGAUGAUGCCGAGUACGCUGAGUUCCUUGACAUCUUGGACAAGUCUCAGGGCGAUCUACUCCGCGGUCUCGGUAGGGCUGUUCUUCCCACUGUGCAAGCUCUGACUCUUGGAGGUGUGCACGAGUGGAGACUUUUCGAUGCGGGGAAGACGACGGUCGAUGACAUCAUAAACUAUCCCAAAGGCUCAUCGGUGUUUCUGGAGCUCAUCAACAAAGCAGUUUAG